AUGCAAACUAUCGAGAAAGCUUUGCAUCAACCUAUGCCAUUCACUACCGGCGGUCAAACCAUUUCUGACCGGUUAACUGCUGCCAAGCACUCCCUAGCGGGUAGUCAGUUGGGAAAGACAAUAUGCAAAGCGACUACUGAGGAGUUGAUGGCCCCCAAGAAAAAACAUCUCGACUAUUUGCUGCAUUGCACAAACGAGCCAAAUGUGUCUAUUCCAUCGAUGGCAAAUUUAUUAAUCGAAAGAACCCAACAUCCUAAUUGGACUGUUGUAUAUAAGGCUCUUAUCACCAUUCAUAACAUUAUGUGUUAUGGUAAUGAGAGGUUCUCGCAGUAUUUGGCGUCCUGCAACACCACUUUCAAUCUGGGGAACUUCCUGGAUAAGAAUAGUACUUCAGGAUAUGAUAUGUCUCAGCAUGUGCGACGAUAUGGGAAGUAUAUUGGGGAAAAAAUAGCGACAUAUCGAGUCUGCGCAUUUGAUUUCUGCAAAGUCAAGCGAGGAAGAGAGGAUGGUCUCCUGCGCACUAUGCACACUGACAAGCUUUUAAAGACGUUGCCAAUUCUACAAAACCAAAUUGAUGCACUUCUGGAAUUCCAAGUGUCAGCCAGUGAAUUAAACAAUGGUGUCAUCAACUGUUCCUUCAUUCUUCUAUUCCGUGAUCUCAUUCGUCUUUUUGCGUGCUACAAUGACGGAAUCAUUAAUUUGUUGGAGAAAUAUUUUGAUAUGAACAAGAAGCAGUGUCGUGAUGCUUUAGACACGUACAAAGGAUUCUUGACCCGCUUGGAUAAAGUUUCGGAGUUCUUGCGCGUUGCUGAAUCUGUUGGUAUUGACAGAGGCGAGAUUCCAGACUUGACCAGAGCUCCAGCAAGUUUACUAGAGGCACUAGAGGCCCACCUCACCCAUCUGGAAGGCGGUCGAGCUCCAUCUUCAGGUCUUUCGGGGCAAUACCCAUCCGCUCAGUCCCAAGUUGCCAACUUUUCAAUGGCUGGUGGCUUCCAAACGCAGGCACAUGUGGGCGAUGCCGAGAGAACGAGGUAUAUAGAACUGGAAAAAGAAAGGUUGCGACAAUUUGAGGAGCAGAAACGUCAACAGGGUGUUGGUGGGCCUUCAGCGGGCGUAUCUUCAAGUUUCAAUCCAUUUGCUGCAGAGGCAAUGUCUGCUCAAGCACCGAAGAAAACUAGUGACGAUCUACUAGAUUUAUUCAAUGCCCCUGCUCAGCCCCAACAAUCGCAGAUGGACCCAACAAAUCCGUUUGCGCAGUUCACUGCCCCAGCCAAUGCACAAACUUCAGUUUACCCUUCAGUUGGAGGAGUGCAACUGUGA